GCGGGGCCGCGAGCCACGUCAGCCAGACCGAGUCCCUGCGUCUGCCAGUCCCGCCACGGAUUCAUUUGGGAUCCUCAAACCGACGAGCCGGCAGAGACGAGGGAUCCAUUAGCCGAUUGGAGCCAAUUGCCUGCUUCGGGGACGGCCAGCCCUUCCAGGCCUGGUGACAGUGGAGGGAGGGGGAAAAGGCAAGCGAGUGCCGCUGCGGGAAGGCACUGAAGCAGGAGCGACGUCCCCUCCCGCCCCCCGCCUUGCAGCGCAGGCUUUGAACGCGGCUCCCCCAUCUGAAUGGAAACUCCGAGCCUCCGGGCGGCGCGUUCCUUCUGGCCCAGCCUUGCGAUCCUUGCGGAGAGGCGGGCGGUGCGCGCCAGCGCCAGCGCCCAGCUCCCGGGACAGGGCCGGCGAUGCUGCUGAACAGAACUUGAUCGCGCCCCUUCCUCGCUGCUAGUGGAAGCGAUGCUGCACUGCACAGCCGGCGCUUCCCCGGCUCUCCUUCAAGCUGAAGGUUACCCGCCCGCACAGCCAGCCCCUAGCCUGUGAGCGGCGCGCCUCGGGUCCCAGCUCCCGCUGCUUGGCGGCAGCGCGCAGGGCAAAGACCGGGCCGCCCGCGCCGGGGCGCACUGCACCAGCGGCUUCGGCUUGGUGGAUGUGUAUGCAUGAGUUCUGCACCGAAUGGGCGCAAAAAGCGCCCCAGCCGGUCCACCCGCUCCUCAAUCUUCCAGAUCAGCAAGCCCCCGCUGCAGAGCGGGGAUUGGGAGCGCAGGGGCAGCGGCUCCGAGAGCGCCCACAAAACCCAACGAACCCUGGACGACUGCAAGAUGCUUGUCCAAGAGUUCAACACGCAAGUGGCCCUGUUCCGAGAGCUGGUCAUCUCCAUUGGGGAUGUCUCGGUCAGCUGCCCCUCACUCCGGGCAGAAAUGCACAAGACGAGAACUAAAGGCUGUGAAAUGGCCCGUCAGGCACACCAAAAACUGGCUGCCAUCUCAGGCCCGGAAGAUGGUGAGAUCCACCCUGAAAUCUGUCGACUCUACAUCCAGCUGCAGUGCUGCUUGGAAAUGUACACAACAGAGAUGCUCAAGUCCAUUUGUCUGUUGGGGUCUCUUCAGUUUCAUCGGAAAGGAAAAGACGUUGCUGGGGGAACCAAGAGUUCGGACUGCAAAAUUGAGGACAGCACUGAGACACCUGCCCUAGAGGACUCCUCCUCAUCCCCUGUGGACAGUCAGCAGCAUUCCUGGCAGGUUUCCACGGACAUUGAGAACACGGAAAGAGACAUGCGCGAAAUGAAAAACCUUUUAAGCAAACUCAGGGAAACUAUGCCUUUACCGCUGAAAAAUCAAGAUGACAGCAGCCUUCUGAAUCUAACUCCUUACCCCUUGGUGAGAAGACGGAAGAGAAGGUUCUUUGGGCUCUGUUGCCUCGUCUCAAGCUAGGCAAUUCUCUCGGAAGCCCACCACCGGGAACACCUGAAAAAAAAAAUCACAAAACCGAAGGACCUCCAGACAGCUGAACCACACAGUUAUUGGUUUCUGACUAUGUUUUCUAUGCUUCCUCGUUACUUUUCUCCACCUCUCCCCGCCCUCUUAAAUGAUUUUAAGCUUGAAAGCAGCUGCCAUCAAGAAAAAAAGAACUGAUUCCAAAAGCAGGCUGUUUUUAAAAGGAUUUGUAGAGCUGACAUUGUGCAUGCCUGCUCUAAACCAUGCCAUGACAGAUGCAAGAAUUAUGGUUUUUAAAUGACUUAAAGGUUUUUUUAAUGUAUUAUACAGAGAAAAGUUAUUUCACACAUACUAGUAUAUCUAUAGCUCUUGCUGAUCUCAUGUGAACAAUUUAUCCUAUAUGAAAGAAGUCUUUAAACAUAGAAACCUAUUUAAAACUGCAAAACUGUGUUCGAAAAUCCAAUCUAUCAGUUUCAUUGGAAAAAUAUUAUAACCUAACAUAUGCCACCUCACUUAUUGCUUUCUCUGCACUCAUUGAUGUUUAGUCUUCCAUUCUGUCAGAAUCUAAGAGCUUCAACAUGAAAAUAUCUUAAUUUAUAAUGCAACAAAAACCAUAUAUGGAAAGUACUUACACUUUGUAAAUACACAGUAAUCCUAAUACCGUCGUACAAUGCAUAUGGGCAACUAAUUUCCUUUGAUCCAAUGGUGUCUUUUUCAGCUUCUUGGAGAAUGAAGUAAUCCAGUUAGGAAAUGGUGUAGAAACAUAUACAAUUACCCUCAAAUGUAAAAUUGAAUAUUAUCACAUUUUGUUCUAAUUGAAAUCUGAAGCAUGGUGUCUGCACAUCAGCAUAGUGUUAAAUCUUAUAGGGCAUGCUGGAAUUAGCUCAGAUCAUAAAACUAUUUAACAUUUUACAUUGUUGAUAAAUUCUUUUAGUUAAGCUAAGCUUGUCUCAUUUUAGAUGACUAUGCAGAUAUGACUUUUCCAAUGUGUACUUGGUGUCUUGUCUUUUGCUUAGAAUCUUGAAAGCAGGACACAUUAAGCAAUACUAUAUUUUAGAACAGAGGAAGCCACUGCUUCAUUUUCCUGCUGAUAGCUUUGUUGUGAUCUUCCCGCACCAAACUUGUAACACGGUACAAAUUUUGUUCUAUAUUCCCCCUCUUCCUCCUUUGGCCCAUUUCCCAGGCUUAGUUUCCCUUAGGUUGAGAGAUCAAGUCUUUGCACUUCUUGUUUUCUGUAGUACAAAAAAUCUUCAAGUCAGACACAAGGCACCAGUGUCUAGUACAACAGAAAGAUGAGCUAGAUACCUAAUAGUGGUGUAUCCAAGACACAUCUUUAAUCCCAACCCAGUACUAUCUCAAUAUUUACAUGUACAGGCGUUUAUAUGUAUGCCAAUAUUUUGACCUAAAAUCUGAAUAUAUUAAAACCUUUAGCAUUAGUGAAAAUGAACAGAGGUACAGGUAAGCUACUGGGAUAAUUAUUCUAUUAAGUUGAAUCAUAUGAAAUUGCUGAUAUUUGACUGUUUUGACCUACAAAAACUAGCAGUUUCAUAUAGCUCAACCUACUAGCUGAUGUUGUGGAAGUUUUACGUGGAAUUGUCUUCUAGCUCUUUUUAUUGAAAAUGAAAUUGAUUUAGGGAGUUGGCAGAGCUCUCUAAAAGCUAUACAGGUCUCUAGAUCACACCAGCCGGUUGUUGGUCCUAUCCUUGCAGUCUAGAAUUGUGUUCCAUUGAACUGGUAAUUAAUGCAUGGUUAUAGGUAUGCCUGGCUUCAUAAAAAAAGAAGUACCCUUGACAAGUUAUAUGAGAAAUUCACAACUUCCUAUAUCAAGUACUUGUAAAAACAAUUGGGACUCCUCCUGUGAAUACUCCUUGCAACCACCAGACUCACCUGGUCUGCAAAUGUUGAUUGUCAAAAAUCAGUUUAAUUAAAGCUUAACAUCCUUUUCUAAA